CACAAAUGAAUCGAGUGAUAUUCCACCUUGCUACAGCUUCAGGUCUUCAGGACAUGAGCAUUGCCUACCUGACGUAGGUAUUCCAGGAAUUCUCCGAGCCAAAGCGAGUUCAGCGCCCCACGGGCUGCCUCAGGCACGCCACUGUGACACCGUGAGGCCAGUUCCCGCUCCCUCACAUGGAAGCCUCGUUUGCAGUCUCGGCGCAGGACCACUACAACUCCGCCAUGUCCACUCCUGCAACACCCACGAUCUAGCCUCAUUACAGUCUUCUGCGCGGCCACGACACCGGCCUGCCCACAAACCAGAGUCUUUCCUGGUGUGGCAUCCACGCUCUCGCAAGAUCUGACGAAUGCCUGAGUAACGCCAGCGUUGCCCUCUCGCGACUAGUGGUCACCAAGAUCGAUCCGCGAGCAUGCAGUCCCACGGUUCAUCGUCCCCGCUGGAGGACCGCCUCAGGGGCCUCAUCCUGAGCAAUGACACUGCGAGCCCCGACGGACCGUCAGGAGCUGUUCAAGGUCAAGCAGGUUUUGCCCAGGAUGCGGCAGCGUUGGGGCCCUCUGCUGAGCCUCCCCAAGGCCCUCAGCGGAGCACCAAGAAGCGACCUAACCAAGCACAACGGCGGCAAAUGAAUGCUCAGCUGACCAUUCCUAUCGAUGUUCGCCAGACCUCCGCCCCGAUUCGUGAUACGAGACCAACCGGUCAGAGCUUUCAUCCUGGACCGAGAUCCCACCAAGCAGCUCAUCGCCAAGAUUUGCACCAAGGACAGUCCCAAGGGCGUGGACAGGACGCACGCGGGUUCCUCGCAGCCCAUCAGCAGGGGCCCCCGGGCUUUCAACAUGGCGAGACACAUCGUGGCUUCCAUGGUGUGCAAACACAGGACUGGAGACAGCGCCAGCACACAGCCGAUCAACGAAGUCCACGUGGGGUGAACGCUAUUCAGUCUAACGGUUUCGCUGCACGUGGCCGCGGCUCACAACACGGCCACCACUACCAAGCCAAUGGUCGACAGUAUUUUGUUAAGCCGGAGGAGCUUGCAAAUCAGGCUGCCCUCUUAGACUGGCUGUGCCACCAGGUCAACUCUGGCGCAGAAAUUGAGCCUGCUGAGAUUGCGGAGAAGGAAAACUUUCGGCUCCAUGUCCAGAGCAUAUGCCAAGCAGCGGUCCAUCAAUAUGAGGCAGAGACAAACCAACGCGUGGAUUUUAGACCUGAAAGCGUGGAGUUGAAGUGUUUCGGCAGUCUCAUGUCCGGCUUUGCGACAAAGGCCGCAGAUAUGGAUUUGGGAAUCCACGCGGAGUCUCCCAUUCCUCGCAUCAUCGAAAAGGCGCUCCUUGAUGCCGGUUUCGGGGCCCGUUUGCUCUCACGCACUCGGGUACCAAUCAUAAAACUUUGUGAACGUCCCAGUGCCCAGCUUUAUCGCGCCUUGGUGGAAAAUCGCCGCAAGUGGGAGAAUGGCAUAGUUGAAGAAGAUCAUGAUGUGGAUGAGGACGUCCAUGAGCCCCAGGACGGAGCGCAUGACUCCGAGUUCGAGCCGCAGACCCCCGUGGAACCAGUUGUGCCACAGCUGCUCACCGGCGAGCAGGAGAUUACUUCUUCAACUCGGAAAGCUCAAGCACCACCAGCUUCGACCAGACCUAGGCAGUGGUCACUCAAGCAGUCACCAAACCAGAACCUGGCCAAUUACUAUGGCCAAGCCAAGAAGCUCAUUCGUCAACUGAAUGCCCGAGACCUAACACAUUCCAACUCUAAUGAUUUCACGCCGUCGGAUUAUGUCCUUCUCAACGAAGUCUGCGAAGCAUUCGUCUCGGGCUUACACGAGAAGGCUUUGCAACAAAGACUUCAGAACUAUCCUUCGUAUCACAAUAGCGCGGGUCCUCAGGGCACGCCUUGCCGGUCUCUCAUGGGAGUCUUCAAAAUGGCCGAGGGAGAAAGCCUCGUCAUGCUUUACGAGAACAAGACUAUCAAUGAGGACAAUUAUAAGAAGGAGGCUCUAUCCAAGGCAGUAGUCCAGGCUUGGCAAAGCUUACACCACAGACCUGGAAUCAGUCAGAACCCGCUCGCAUUCAACAAAGAGUUGCAGCAUUCCGUAGAAACCCUGCGGCAGAUUCCAUCCGUGCAGCUCAUGCAACUAUCCCAGGAACAGCAUGAGCCGGCCGCGACUUACCAUGCCAGGACCUUGAGGGCACUCAGGGAUCUUUCGGGCCCGGAGGGUCCAACCUCAGACGUACUUGUCCUGUCGCUCGCCAAAUACGUGGCAGGUAUUUAUGACGUCAACAUCCGCGAGCAGGUGCGGGAAUUUGCGUCUUCAUCGGACAACAGAUCCUUGCACGAUGUUGCGCUGAAGCACAAGAUCCUACAACUCGUAGACGAAUACCAGAAAGCCCUGGACAAGGAACUCUACGCAGCACGAGAUGUUCCAAUUGUGCGAGCAUACAUCGAUCUCUUGCUCCGUGGAGCUGUAGAUGCUGCUACUGAUCAGCCUGUUGGCCCUGCAGGCUCCGUUGUUGUCAUACCCAUAUCCCGAGAUUCUGCACCACUCGUUGAGAAGAUACAACUACUCCCGGACCCCUCGAAACUUGCUCCUAAUCAGCCAAAAGACAAGUACAAUGACAAGCUCGAGUUUCCCAAGUCUGACAUUGGUGUUCAAUGCGAUAUCAACUUUUCGGCUCAUCUGGCCCUCCAGAACACCUUACUGCUGCGAUGCUAUUCUCGCACCGACUCUCGCGUGCGCCCAAUGCACUGGGCCCGUGUCCGUGGUAUCAAUACAUCGUACCGCGGAACUCUGAGCAGUUACGGCUAUGUUCUCAUGGUUCUGCACUAUUUGGUCAACCCAUUUGUGUGCCCAAAUCUGCAAUUGCUGGCACCGCCAGAUCCGAACCUGCCACCAGAGGCGCUGGAAGGACUCACGACUUGCAAGGGGUACAACGUCCGCUUCUGGCCCAUACAGGCUCUCGCAAGCAGCAAUAGAUUGAAUCAGAAUGAAGACAGCAUUGGCACGCUUCUUCGUGGCUUCUUCGAUAACAAGAUGAGCACCGCAAACAAGCGAGGUUUCGACUGGGGUAGAGACGGAGGUCUAUUGACGAAGCAAGAAAAGGGUUGGACAGGCGCAAAGACUCCACAGUCCGGUCUUCUUCCACAUUCAGAGGAUCAGCCCGCACAGGAGACACCCAGCGACGACCCUGCUUUCGAAUCCGAGAAAGCUCAAGCGGAAGGAGGCCCAACGGCGGACGCUUCCGCGGCUGCCAAGCCCGCCGAGUACUUGUUUGCGAUUGAGGAUCCCUUUGAGACAGAGCAUAACGUCGCACGUACCGUUACGCACAACGGCAUCGUGUCGAUCCGAGACGAGUUUCGUCGGGCCUGGCGUAUCAUCAAGUCGGCCGGUCGAGGACCUAAGGAUCUGUUGGAGGACGAGGCUGAGGGCAACAAGGCCUUUGCAGCGCUUCUGAAGGAGAUUCACGGCCUGGCUUAGGGUUUGUAACUGUAGGAAGAAAAUGUUGGUGGCUGGGUCUGGUUGAUCCCAUGUCUAGGUGUAUCGUUUAUGUUCACGAACUUCCAUACAGUGUUUGUUGGUGGUGUAGCACAUCUGGGACGGUCUACAUGGAGACAUGAUUCAUGCCGGAUUCGUAUCUUUGAGCUACUGGCAGUCUACCUGUAACAAAAUCUAUCUUUUUUUUCUCGCGAACCCA